AGAGGUGGCGUGGCCGAAGGAAGAGACUAAGGUUUGGCUCUUAUGAUCCACCGCCGUCAACUGAAAUGACUCUGUCUCUGUAGUACUCCGGCAUGAUGGACAAAGAAAUGUAAAAGCGGCAAAAAAAAAAAAAAAGAGAAAAGAAAACCCGGAAGUGCUCUCAGCUGCACUGAUGAGGAACGUUUUUUGGCCAGAAACCGAAAGAAGAAAUCGGAAGUGACGUCGCGGCCAAAACAAGCCCGGGCUUCGGGGCUUGCACUGAGUCUGUGGCCACAGAUGGAAAAACCCGACUUGCUCUCUGCUGUCUAAGCUGGUCGCCAGGCCCUGGGCUCCCACCGGGUGGGCCUCACGCCUCUGUCCCCGAGAUCCGCUCGCUGCGCUUAAGCGACUGUUUCCGCCUGGGACUUUUCGGGUACAGCUGGCCGGUGGCGACAGAGCGGACUUCCUUCCCUACCAGUCUGCCAUCCAGCGGGCUCCUGUCCUGGGACGCCGGGACACCUGUCGCCUAUUUUUUAAUAUCCAAAUUCUAAGAAUACACUGGAAACCACUCACGUAAAACCAAGAAGAAAUCAUGAAGAAAUGUUUUAAUUAUUGAAACUACAGUUGAAAUCAUGGCUACAUCAGCAAAUCUGGAUAUUGGAGCCCAGCUGAUAGUGGAAGAAUGUCCCAGCAGCUAUAGUCUAACUGGCAUGCCAGACAUUAAAAUAGAACAUCCACUGGACCCCAAUUCAGAAGAAGUAUCAGCUCAGGGUGUUGCCAUGGGAAUGAAAUUCAUAUUGCCUAACAGAUUUGAUAUGAAUGUGUGUUCUCGAUUUGUGAAGUCAUUAAAUGAAGAGGAUAGUAAAAAUAUUCAAGAUCAGGUUAACUCUGACCUGGAAGUGGCAUCUGUCCUAUUUAAAGGUUGAAAGUUAUGCUGAAUGCAAUAUUCAUACAUCUCCUUCUCCGGGAAUUCAAGUAAGGCAUGUCUAUACUCCCUCUACCACAAAGCAUUUCUCACCCAUAAAACAGUCAACUACUUUAACCAACAAACACAGAGGAAAUGAGGUCUCUACUACACCUCUGUUAGCAAAUUCUUUGUCUGUUCACCAGUUGGCUGCUCAAGGAGAGAUGCUCUAUUUGGCUACUCGUAUUGAACAAGAAAAUGUUAUCAAUCACACGGAUGAAGAAGGAUUUACUCCUCUGAUGUGGGCUGCAGCACACGGGCAAAUAGCUGUGGUAGAGUUUCUACUUCAGAAUGGUGCUGAUCCCCAGCUUUUAGGGAAAGGUCGAGAAAGUGCACUGUCAUUGGCCUGCAGUAAAGGCUACACAGAUAUUGUCAAAAUGCUGCUUGACUGUGGAGUUGAUGUAAAUGAAUAUGAUUGGAAUGGAGGAACACCUUUGCUCUACGCUGUACAUGGAAAUCACGUGAAAUGUGUAAAGAUGCUCUUAGAAAAUGGAGCUGACCCAACAAUUGAAACUGACUCUGGAUAUAACUCUAUGGAUUUAGCUGUAGCCCUGGGCUACAGAAGUGUUCAACAGGUUAUUGAGUCACAUUUGUUGAAGCUGCUUCAGAAUAUCAAGGAGUAGACAUAGAUAUCAGAAAAUGCUGUCUGCCCUUUCGUUUACCUUUUGGUCCUUAUAAAUGAUAGUUUUGUUUACUUAUAAAUUUUUACCUCAGUUGCAAUAUUUACUGAUUUUUAGUAAGUUUUAAUAAAUAUUUCUCUGAGUAAUUCACUGGUUUAUAAUAAAUUUAAUGUUAAUACUUUUUUUAUAAAUGUGUUUUACUGUAUAUUUAAAAUUAUAGAUUAAUGUUUCAUGGCAUGUAAAUUUUUAUGGUACAGAUAGUUAUCUGUCUUUGUAUCAAGUGCUGUAAUUUGACAUUUUCAGAGCUUAUUCUACCCAAUUCAUCUUAACUCUUGUAUUAUUAACUCAUUGACUUUAUAUAGGGUUUGAUAUAAAUUCCUAGAAAAAAAAUUUUUGUUAUUGUUAAAUUAAAAAAUGCACAGUGUGAUUGUUUACAAAAUGAUAUUAUAAAUAAAGUACUUUUUCUGUCA